ACUUUCGAUGUGUGCUACAUAGAGUUCGGUGUCUUGCAUCGUCUGCUUGCAAACGUUCCUUCUCUCGCUGGUAUCAGCGGUGGCACCCUCCCGAGUCACGUCGGAUGAUGUCUGGUCGCUGCUCCAAGUUCUACAAUUCCAAAGCAGACCUACCAUUUACCCCAUUACUCAUGCUACUUCUCGACUUGGUAUUCCAGUACAGCGAGUGUACUUCAAGGGCCGAAUCGCAACAGAAGACAUUUAAAUUAUAGAGUACGAAACUGUUCCCCGAAGGAGUGAAUUCAAUUGAGUAAGUAUGCGCGUUGUUAUUAUGUUCGACGUAACCACCGUUUGCCGGCAUGGGACCGAACAACAAAAUGCCUUUAGGCCGCUAGCCUUCUGAGUUUCAAGGUCACGCUCUUGCUUGUCCCCAUCACAGUCUUUACUACACAACCGAGAUGUCAUCGAGACCUGACAGCUUCGCAGAGGUCUCUUUGGCUGCUCCUGACACUCCUUCGUUGAAAACCAGCCAGCCUCUUUGGAUUUCAACCCCCGAGGCAGCAACUACUCCCCGCCACUCCUUCAUUUACACCUCAAGCAGUUCUUCUCCAUUAUCACCAGCUCAAGAGAAGGGAAACCCAGGUCCCUCUGGGGAAGAAAUAAAACCUUCUCAUUCAAAGAAGGGUGCUAAAUACGUACGCCCCAUUCUAUUGUCUCUCUCUGUUGUUCUGGUAGCGGUUGCGGUGGUGGUACCAGUCUACUUUUUUGUGAUCAAACAUCACAAUCAUGAGUCGGACAUGACCAACGGAACAAGUUCUUCGGAGCCUUCGUCCGUCGGCUCUCACGCCAGUCCAACUCGCGGGGAAAAUGGUUCUACGGUCACUACCUCGGACGGAUCGACUUUCACAUAUAAUAACCCUUUUGGUGGAUAUUGGGUAGAUGAUCCUAAUGAUCCAUUCAAUAAUGACGCGCGUCCUAACUCAUGGACACCACCGCUGAACCAAAGUUGGGUGUGGGGCCAAAACAAGGUUAAUGGCGUAAAUAUCGGUGGCCUCUUUGUUCUCGAGCCGUUCAUUUCACCAGCUCUAUUCGAGAGUUAUCCAGAAGCUAUCGAUGAAUGGUCACUAAGUACACUCAUGGCCGCGGACACUGUCAACGGAGGACUGAAUCAGAUUGAGGAGCAUUACAAGACGUUCAUCACCGAGCAGGACAUAGCGGAAAUUGCUGGCGCUGGGUUGAAUUGGAUACGUUUGCCCAUCCCUUUUUGGGCUAUCGAGAAGUGGGAUUUUGAGCCUUUCCUCGAGCAGGUUUGCUGGCCAUAUAUCUUACGAGUUCUUCAAUGGGCACGGAAGUAUGGCCUUCGGGUCAACCUUGAUCUUCACACAAUUCCUGGCUCUCAGAACGGUUUCAAUCACUCCGGAAAGUUUGGGAAGAUCAAUUUUCUCAAUGGAGUCAUGGGUGUUGCGAACGCGCAGCGCGCUCUCGGUUACAUCAGGAUCAUCGCCGAAUUCAUUUCGCAGCCUGAGUGGAGGGAUGUUGUGCCGGUCUUUAGCAUCAUGAAUGAAGCUAGGGUUGCUGUCAUUGGUAUGGAUCAGAUGACGUCUUUUUACCUGCAGGCCCACGAUAUGAUUCGCGAUAUCACAGGGUACGGGGAAGGAAAUGGGCCGUAUAUUGCAAUCCAUGAUGGCUUCCAAGGUCUUUCAUCAUGGGCAGGGUUCUUGGAGGGAUCAGAUCGUAUCAUCCUGGACACUCACCCUUAUUUGGCUUUCGAUGGUAGUCCCAACACAGAGCCCAUAGCGACAGGAACUGGGUUGGAUGCUGGGGGUAUCUGGCCAACUCUAGCCUGCUCGAGAUGGGCGACUUCGAUGAAUACUAGUCAAACGGCGUUUGGCGUCACCUUCGCUGGCGAAUUUAGCAACGGCUUCAACGAUUGCGGACUGUACCUCAAUGGGGUGGGCAAUGCACAGGACGUGGCGCCGUCGUGCUCGCUCUUUUUAGACUCGUCGCAGUGGAAUGAUACAAUGAAGGCCGGGCUUCAGCAAUUCGCAUUGGCGAGUAUGGACGCGCUUCAGGACUGGUUUUUCUGGACCUGGAAGAUUGGGCCAACAUCAAACAAUACGAUUGCGUCUCCACUAUGGUCUUACCAGCUAGGAUUGCAACAAGGAUGGGUGCCCACUGACCCUCGCAUGGCUACCGGGACCUGCGCUGCACUCGGAGUCGCUGCUCAACAGUUUGACGGUGUUUAUCAACCUUAUCAGACUGGCGGGCCUGGUGCGGGGACAAUUAAUCCUGUCUUGACAUCUUCGUACGGUCAAUAUCCGCCCAAGUCCAUUAGUGGGCUUACCGCAGGAGCUACACAAUCCUUACUUCCUACUUACACGUCAACAAGCGCCAUCCCGACGCUACCGCCGCCUACCUUUACACCAAAUCCUCCGAGUUCGGUCGCCAUCGGUAACGGAUGGUUUGAUUCGUCUGAUACUGGUCUCGCUGCCACAGAAGUCGCUGGGUGUACAUACCCUAAUGCAUGGGAUGCCGUCAGUGCCGCAAUGCCGACUGCCCUCUGUCCUCCCACCGCAAGUGCUAGUGCCAGUGCAGUUGUCACUUCUGCGCCUGCAGUCACGACUUCAUCUUGAUUCCCGACUCGGGGACUUCAAGCAUUUUCUCACUUGGGCAUAUAAUUAGAGACUAACGAACAACCCCCGAAACUCCCUAAUGAGAUGAGUACACUACCUUUAAUACGUCUAGUUCGAGAUCCAAAAGGCACAUAUCCUACUAUUCCUUGUUCAAAGCGAUUGGAUUGACAGUAUCAGGUUUUCACGCAGUUUAGGCUUGACCACCCUCGUGUAAAACUUUUAUCGACAUCCGCGUGUUCUUCUAAAUUCCGCCACCCUUCUCGGA